CCUCGCUUCCGUUGUUUGCUAAGUUUGUUGCUUUUUCUGGUGCAUUGAAUGUUUUGAGUUGGUGGAUUGUGUUUUAAUUUCCACAGAUAAUGUGAAGAUAUGGAAAUUUGUUGAUUUUUUUUUUUGUUUGGUAAUCUUUUGUAGUUUCGAGUUAAUGAGAAGGUGUUAAAUUUCUGCUUCUAACAUAGAAGUCUUUCCUUUGGUUUAUUAAUCACAAAGAUAUUGCUUGUUGCUUUGCGUUUUUUGUUCUAGAAAGUUGCAUCUGCUUAUCUUAAGCAUUUGGUUUUGUUUUCCCCUUGAGAAAUAAAUAUAGAUCUUUCUCUGCAGCUAAUUAUCAUACGGGGUACACCAAUUUGAUUCAUUUUCUUUAGUUUUCAAAUUUUAUUUUGACCUAUUGCGAUGUUUUUGUAGUUUUCUUGUGGCAAGACUUUUCUUCUGUGUUCUGUGAUUGACCAACUGGUUUUUAGGGUAUUUCAGACUGGGUGUUAUUCUCAACUAAAAUCUUUAACUUGGGAUUGGUUUUUUUGUGGGAAAAGUUUCCUUUUUAUAUGAAAAGGGGCAUGCUUUUUUCUUCUUCUCCUUCUUCUUCUUCUUCUCCUUUUUAAUUGACAUAAAGCAAUCUUAUGCUUCUUUUUCUUUUUUCGUCUCCCUCUGCGCUUAUUACAUUGUCCUCGACCCCUCUGUUUGUUUGUCGAGAAAGUGGAUGAAAAACACCCACCCCAAGGAAAAGGAUUGUGUUUAAUUGAUUGAAGUGAAGCUGAAAUGGAAGGUGAUUUGUUUUCUGGCAUAGGCAAUGGAACCCAGGUAGAUAGCAGGGUUUUGCAAACAGUUCAAAAGAAUUUUAUGCAAGUUCAGGACAUUCUAGAUCAAAACAGGUUGCUAAUCAAUGAAAUAAACCAAAAUCACGAAUCAAAGAUUCCUGAUAACUUGACUCGAAAUGUGGGGUUGAUUAGAGAGCUUAACAAUAACAUUAGAAGGGUGGUUGAUCUUUAUGCCGAUCUUUCCAGCAAUUUCACCAGGUCAAUGGACGCUUCAUCAGAAGGGGAAUCGAGUGGGAUUUUGAAGUCCAAUGGAAAGGGGAAUCAAAAGAGAAUUAGAUCCGGGUAAUUGAUCAAACCAAGCUUUCAUACAGACUCUGUACUUUCUUCAUGGUAGAAUAAGAAGAGGGUUAGAUUUUGAAGGAAAAGAACUUGUUGAGCUUUGUUGAUGAGUGAUUAAGCUUCAGUAUAAUUUUCACCAUAUCCAUUGGAAUGACAAUUUAACAAAUUUAUGAUUGUAAGUUUGUAUAACUCUAUUGUCUUUUUGAAUCAAAUAUGCUUCUCCUAUUACAUUUUCUA